AGAGGAAAGGAUGAGAAUUCAACUCCUCACCUUCCCGCUCCUGUGCAUUCUCUCAAAGGUUUGUGCCCAGUUCUGCCGGAGACCAUGUCACUGCCCCUGGAGGCCCCCUCACUGCCCACCUGGAGCCCCCUUGGUCCUGGAUGGCUGCCAAUGCUGCAGAGUGUGUGCGCGGAGGCUGGGGGAGCCCUGUGACCCGGUCAAUGUCUGCGACCGGAGCCAGGGGCUCGUCUGUGAUCACAGUGCCACUCUCGCGGGCAGAAGAGCCACCUGCAACUUCGACGGGGACGAGGCGGAGGAUGCGGACGGCGGCUGCGAGAUGAACGGGAGGAUCUACCGGGCCGGGGAGGUGUUCCGGCCUAGUUGCAAGCUGCAGUGCCGCUGCUCCGGAGGGGGCUUCACCUGCGUGCCCCUCUGCAGCGAGGACGUCCGGCUGCCCAGCUGGGACUGCCCCCAUCCCCGACGGGUAGCCGUGCCCGGGAAGUGCUGCCAGGAGUGGGUAUGCGACCGGACGGGGGGAGAGACGGUCCUCCCGGCCGUCCCCGGGACAGGAGGCUGGCCACCCCAGGGCCUGGCCCUCCCGCAGCUUCCCGGCCUGCAAUGUAAGGAGUGGGGCACGGCCUGGGGGCCUUGCUCAGCGAGCUGUGGGCUCGGCGUGGCCACCCGCCUGACCAACCAGAACCGCGACUGCCGCUUGGAGCCCCAGCACCGCCUGUGCCACCUGCGCCCCUGCCCAUCGUCCCCACUGCCAGCCGCCGGCCCCCUGGGCGACCCGUUCUAGAUGCAGCCGGGGCAGAGGCCGAGCCAAGCCAACUCUGCGCCUUCCGCCCGGGGCAACGGCUCCUCUGGUGUCAACGCCCUGCCUCUAAGGCCGGCCUGGUCACCCCGAGGGCCCAUCACCAAGGUCGCUGACCUCCUCACGCCACCCGCCGCUGCAGCAGUUGCCCAGCCCACGCUCCCCUCUUCCACCACUCCGGGGGGAAGAACACCAUGCUCAGCAGCCGGAGGGAACCGCGGCAAGAACACCACCCGGCGACCUCCAGGGAAAAGACCGGGACCAGACCUAGAACGAUCCAGAACCCCAGAUCCCCCCCACCAUGGUGGCCCAACUAGCCACCACCCAAUCCCGGGUAGGGCACCGGUCAGAAGGCGCUUAAUCUGGAGGUGGAGCUGACUUCUGAAAGUCUCCAGACCAGAGAAUCACGGGUGCCCGGGCUAUUGAUAGGAUGAAGAGAGCCUCGCCAGAGACCAGCUAUCUCCCCGCUGAGGGCUGGGGUCAUCUUCCUACCAGUCUGGGAGAUGAAGGUGGUACCCGGAGAGUCCAGCGAAGUCCAGAACACGAUGGAGCCUCGCACUGGAUGUGGCGAAGUGGGCGGCUUCUCUGGUGCCCACCUUGUCCCUCUCGCCCUGACCACCCUGGUGUUCUGUUCCUAUUUAACACAGGGCCUAGGAACCCUGGGCUUCUUGCUUCUGUAGCCCUGACUCGUGUGCAUUUUACAAUAUUAUA